GUGGAAACCUCAGUCUCUAAGGCUAACAUAACGUACUGUGCUCCCUUCUGUGCAGAUAUCUUGGAAGUAUUACGGUUGGAUUGAAUUAGGGGAACAUUUCAUAGCAGGGUAGUCCAGUCCAGCGAAGUACUGACCUCCCACAGUACUUGUGCGAACGAUAGGAAAGGAGGUCAAGCCGAGGUGGAGUCUGUCGAUGAAAGCAGCAGCAUCGAGUGGAUCAGUAGCUUUGAACUUUUUGACACUUACGGGGAUGGCAACAUGAAAUCCCUCCACAAUGGAUGUGCGAAUGGGGAUGUUGAUCCCUCGUUACCAGAAGAUAAUGUCGAUCCCGGGAUGUUCCGCAAUUCUUUUUGUCAGAAGGUAGAGAACGUUUUUUGUGAUCACAGCAAUGGCGACGGGCAGGGAAUGGAGUUGGAGGAGAGGCAGAACCCAUCCAAAAUCCUACGUUUCUUCUCCACGCCUAAAAAGCGGAGCGGUUGUGGCUCAGAAGUCAGGCCCGGCUCGGACGGCAGACCCCGCUCCAUGGUGCUGAUGGGAAGCACUCCCAGCUGGAAUAGCUUGUCCUCCUUAAGGAAAAUGGGCUCCUUCAAGAAGCUGAAAUCUUCGGUGUUUCAGGGCAUCCAAGCCCGAGAGGACGCAGACUUUAUAAACGGGGACGGUUUAGCGAAUGGUGCGCAGAAGCACAUGCAAAACGGACAUGUGUUGCAGGGGCAGGAGAGGUGCCCUCCCUCAGGCAUGGCGCAGGACGCUGCUCACAGCUCAGCGGAGGACUUUGCCUCCGAGGGCUCAGAUGACGAAGACGCAGAUGAAACCUUCCUGCGUCACACCCACCGGUCCCGCAGCAUCCGGCGGGCGUACGGUGUGGGGCGGAUCAACCUGCUGGACCACAGCAAGCCCCCCAUCCGCGAGGACUGCCCCACGUCCCCACCCCCCGGGGACCACCGGGAGCCGAAUGACCACGAGGCGCCGGACACGGACCGGGAGAACCACAAGGUUAUUUACAGGAAGAGCAAGAGCACCGACAAUCUGAGCUUCUUCAAGAAGAGCUCGUUUAAGAGGAAAUCGACCUCCAACCUGUUGGAGUUGAAAGUGGCCAACGAGAGUGAGAGGCUGCAGCGGACUGUGAGCACGUCCUCGGCAGAUUCUGACAAGCUCACUGCCAACGGGGCCAGGAGAUCCAAGCGGUGGAAGAGCCCUAUCAGGGCCCGGGACUUUGACCGAGUGUUAAAACUGGUGAGCAAUGUGGCGGACGUCACAAGGAGGCGGGAGAGUCCGACGCGGGGGCCAACGGGGGCGAGGAGCGUGGCUCGGCCCAGCAGCAGGCUGCACGACGAUUACUCCCGCAGGGUUUCCAGCACCUCGGAGAGCGAGAGUCGCAGGUCCGCCUCGAGAAGCAGGGACCAGCCCCCUUCCUCGCCUGCCCCCACCCCCACGCUCCCCAGCCAGGCCGAUGCUCGGAGUGCUUCGGUGCAGAUCGAGAGGUCGGUUUCCUCACCGGAGCUGAAAGCCAGCAGGGCCUCCCCCUGUUUGAACUUGAGCCUUGGGACCCCACACAGUCCAUUUGCCUGCUCCCCGCUCAGCCCCUCUUCCAAUGAAGUCUUCUCCCCGAGCCCAGGUGAACUAAAAAAUACGAACUGCUUUACGUUCGACACUGAACAGCCCGGUACUCCAGCACGGCCCACCGCUCCCAAGCCCCAGAGUCCCAGUAUCGAAAAGGUCAAGCACAAUAUCACUUUCCAUUGUCCGAACCGCCAUAGCAACUUGUCGCUCAGCUCCAUGGACAGCGAUGGACGGGCCGAAGGCGGCACCUCGAAGCCCGGGAAAAGCCCUGUGUUGUUUCAAGAUCUAGUGCAGACUGUCUAUUGCGACGAUGGCAAUGAGGACAGUGGGAUAAGCAGCCAUUCCCAGCUGAGUCUGAACACCAGCGCUUGUGGCAUGGAGGAGAAAAAGGAGGAGGUUUCUUCUGAAGAUCAGUGGAGGAAAGCAUCACCUUUGCAGGAGGAGGAGAAGGUUGAUGCCCAAAAGGCUGUGGAGAGGCGAUGGAGCUCCGGGAAAGCCAGGCAACGGCAGAGGCCUCUGUCAGACUAUGGGCAGCUGGCAAGCAGGAAGUUUUCUAUUCCUGAAGAUGGGGUACCCUCUCAGCCUCAAAAAACUGAUUCAGCCGGUGCCAGGGACUCGGUUGAUGGCUCUUCUAUGGACUCACACCCGCGGAAAUUCGCUGUGGUCCAGCGCCACAGGAACCGGAAAAGGAGGCCGAUUUCGGUAAUCGGAGGGGUCAGUUUCUAUGGCAGCGAUCAACCCGAGGAAAUGGACCACCUGCUUGCGGUUCAAACAGUUGCUCGACCGCCUGUUCCUUCGCAUCAAGUUCCACCAUACAAAGCAGUAUCUGCUAGACUGCGACCUUUCACCUUCUCCCAAAGCACACCCAUUGAUUUGGAUCGGGUUGGGCGAAGGCGGCAAAUGAGAGCAUCAAAUGUGUCUGCAGAUGGAGGUACAGACCCGUCAGGACUGAUUGAUGACAAUGGCAGUGAGGAGGAUUUUACGUAUGAGGAGAUAUGCCAAACAAACCCCCGAUAUCUUCAGCCUGGUGGUGAGCAGCUUGCGAUCAACGAGUUGAUAAGUGAUGGCCACAUCGUCUACGCAGAAGCAUUAUGGGAUCACGUUACUAUGGACGAUCAGGAGCUUGGCUUCAAAGCCGGUGAUGUCAUCCAGGUCCUUGAUGCAUCCAACAAGGAAUGGUGGUGGGGGCUGAUAGAUGACAAGGAAGCCUGGUUUCCUGCCAGCUUUGUCCGGCUGCGAGUGAAUCAGGAGGAUGCCAUGGGUGAAUACACUGGGAAGACUCCAGAGGAGCAACUGGAUGCCAGUUCCAGCAAACACCGCUUCCUGAAAACUGCAGAGAAUAAAGAGCAGAUGCGAACCAACGUCAUCAAAGAGAUCAUGAACACCGAGCGGGUCUACAUCAAACAUUUGAAGGACAUCUGCGAGGGGUAUAUUCGACAGUGUCGCAAACACACAGGGAUGUUCACGGAAGCACAGUUGAACACCAUCUUUGGAAACAUUGAAGAGAUCUACAAAUUCCAAAGGAAAUUUUUGAAGGAUUUGGAGAAACAGUUCAACAAAGAUGAUCCUCACCUGAGCGAAAUUGGAUCCUGUUUCCUCCAACACCAAGAAGGAUUUGGAAUCUACUCUGAAUAUUGUAACAACCACCCGAGUGCUUGUGUUGAGCUUGCCAAGCUAAUGAAACAAAGCAAAUAUCGGCAUUUUUUUGAGGCCUGUCGACUGCUCCAGCAGAUGAUUGAUAUCGCCAUUGAUGGCUUCCUUCUAACUCCAGUCCAGAAAAUCUGUAAAUAUCCAUUGCAGCUCGCUGAGUUACUCAAAUACACCACUCCAGGCCACAGUGACUACAAAAAUGUCAGCGCUGCAUAUGAGGCCAUGAAGAACGUAGCACGUCUGAUUAACGAGAGGAAAAGACGAUUAGAAAGUAUAGACAAGAUUGCGCAUUGGCAAGUGUCUAUCGUAUACUGGGAGGGGAAAGAUGUUCUGGCUAGAAGCUCGGAGCUGAUCCAUUCUGGAGAGUUAACCAAAUUUUCACGUCAAGGCAAGAGCCAGCAGAGGACCUUUUUUCUCUUUGACCAUCAGCUAGUGUUUUGCAAAAAGGAUCUGUUGAGGCGAGACAUGUUGUACUACAAAGGCACUGUGGACAUGGAUGAAAUGGAGGUGUUGGACAUGGUAGACGGAAGAGACAAGGAUUUUAAUAUUAAUGUAAAAAAUGCCUUCAAACUGAAAAGCACAGAAACAGAGGAAAUCUACCUGCUUUGUGCCAAGAAGCCAGAAGACAAGCAGCGGUGGCUACAAGCAUGUCUAGAUGAAAGAAAAAGAGUAGAAGAAGACAAAGAAAUGGGAUUUGAAAUCUCAGAAAACCAAAAGAAACAAGCUAUGUUAAAUGCCAAAAAGUCCAGGCAUGGAAAGAUGAAGGGUGUGAGCUACAGUGGGUGUUCAAUCCCUCCUCCACAUCAAGCCCUUCACCCUCUGCACCAACGACACAUCACGGUACCCACCAGCAUUCCACAGCAGCAGGUAUUCUCACUGGCUGAACCCAAACGUAAGCCAGCCCCCUUCUGGCACAGCUUCACCAAGUUGACCCCCUUUAAGAAAUGAAGAGACAGUGGUUGCCUUAGAGAAGCGGCAACAAAGAUAAAGGCCAACACAUCACUGUGGAGAUCACGGGCCCUGGGACAGCAUCCGGGUUGGAGAGGAGCUGAGAGAUGAAGUGUCACAUCAUUUGUCAAUGUUUCCUCAUAUUUAGCUCCCCACGCAGUUCAAUUGAGGCCUUUCUCUCAACGACAAUGAGCCAAGGGUUGAAGGUUGAAUGGGAGCUAUAAAGGAGGCGAGCAGCAAUGAAGCAACACAACUACAUUUUUACAAUGUGCCCAGGACGAAUUCAUAAGAUACUUUAGUAGGUUAGUUUACACAUGACGAGCACGUUAUUUCCAAUAGAAGUAAAGUUAUUAGAACAAAUUUGCCAGUAUUUUGUCCUGUUUAGCCUACUGGUCAUUCCUAUCAGUAAUUGGCUUUAUAGGCCACUUUAGUAAACCACUCACAACCUUAUUUGCCUUUUGAAACAGCAGAAGCCUCUGAUUCUUAGGCAAAUCUAUUCCAAGGAAGCACACUACCCCAAUAUGAGGUAACACUGGCAGGUAAAUGACAGUUUUUAAGCAAGCAUUUUAAAGUAUGAAAUGUGCAAAUGUGCAUUACUUAUAUGAGAUGAUCAACUAUCACUGUAGAAAUGUAAACGGAAUGGUUUUGUACAUUAGUGUCUGAUCUGUGGGUUAAACACAGAUUGCUGCAGCCAAGUAUGUAUGUAACACAGAAAUGCUCUCUCUUUGUCUUAGGAGGACACAGGGAUGUGUUUCAGCCUUAAUAUUUGAAAGUUCCCAGUGUACUUUCUCCCCAUUAGCACAAUAGGACCAUUCUCCCUACAACGGAGAGGAACUUUAAUUCUCACCAUUCCAAGUAAAGACUGUACCAAAACUGGGCCAUGUGGCCCCCAGUGCUCUUAUGUUCCUGAAACUUAUGGCAUGGACUAUAUGCGCUGCAAUGAAACUCCAGAAUGUGUCUUGUGAAUAGUCAGUCACCUACUAUGAACCUCCCUUCACGUUUCCAGGAAUGGCGUACAACCCUAGCUAAGCAUGGAGUCUUUGUGAUGCAGCUAAUGUAACAGAAUUGUGUGUGACCUUGGCAUUCGUUUUGUAAACUCUUGCCUUUAUAAAUGAACCGUGACAAUUAUAGAGAUGUUCGCUCUGUUUUUUUCUAUCAACCUUGCCAAUUCGCUGUGAAUUUUGUCCUAAAACGUGCGACAAUUUGUGAAAUGUACAUUUUUUUUUACCAAGACUUUUUAGGAAACUUUCAGUUACAAACAAAGGCAGGUGCUGGCUAACUGUCGUGCAUGGUUGGUGAACCAAAGGACAUUAGCCUUAGUAACUACCUGCCACUGCACGUUAUGUUACUUUGCUUUUGACGGGCUUGUUACUGGUUCCUUUCCAAAUUGCCUGUAAUAUAUGAAUUGUUCUGUGUAUAGUGAGAGCCUAUCUCAUUUUCAUAUUUUUGUCCAGACCAUUUUGUUUUGUGAUUUUUUUUAAGCACACGGAUAUAAAUAAUAAUGUCUGGUCUGUGAUGUUACAGUUUGAUGGUAAGUCGAACGCCUCAGAACAAUGUGAUGCACUGCUGCACAGUACUGAUAUCACAAGCAUGAUGUACAUACCUAACGUAACUUGUGUAUUUUUUUGUAGUGUAGUCUCAUUUUUGUUAUGUUCCAAAGAAUGAUUACCUUCAGUUAAUGUAAUAAAACAUUCAAUUUAAAAAAUUCA